AGUUAAUAUGCAUAAGGGUGUAUUUAUGCACAGUGCAUAAGGUGAUGACAACCAUCCGAUCAUGAUUUUUUGAUGACACGUGUAAUGAUCUGAAGGUCUCACUCUCUGACCCUGAGUCACACAGGAUCACACUAUUCUCUCAAGCUCACCGUCGCGAUUCUCUCAAGCUUUCUGGCGCGAUUCUCUCUGAAUCUCGUCGUCGUCUUCUCCAUCUCAAAUCGUGUUCUUGUAUCGUGUUCAGGAUCUUCGCAAACGUAGUAGAUUACCUCAAGCUCACCGUCGCAAUUCUCUCAAGCUCUCCGGCACGAUUCUCUCUGAAUCUCGCCGUCGUCUUCUCCAUCUCAAAUCUUGUUCUUGUAUCGUGUUCAGGAUCUUCGUAAACGUAGUAGAUUAUCCCAGCUCUCCAAGUUUUGAUUCAUUUGUGUUGGUGUUUUUGUAUGAGCGUGCUCUUGUCAUAACUGUCCAAGGUGUUUUCUUCAAUGCUUAUUUCUUAGGCUAUUUGCUCUCACCAAAAUUUGUACACCGUAUGGUUGGUUAUCUUGAGGAAGAAGCUAUUCACUCAUACACUGAGUUUCUCAAGGAGCUUGAUAAAGGAAACAUAGAAAAUGUUCCUGCUCCAGCCAUUGCUAUUGACUAUUGGCAGCUUCCCCCGAACUCUACUUUAAGGGAUGUUGUUAUGGUUGUCAGAGCUGAUGAAGCACAUCAUCGCGAUGUCAACCACUUUGCAUCAGAUAUCCAUUACCAAGGAAGAGAGUUAAGAGAGGCUGCUGCUCCAAUUGGUUAUCACUAGAGAUCAAGUAGUUUCACAGGUAGAUGGUUCUGCAAUGUUUGCUAGACCCCAAGUCAAGCCUAUUGGAGGCAAUAUUAUGGCUCGUGCAACCACAACAAGGUUAGCUCUCAGGAAAGGAAGAGGGGAAGAGCGAAUCUGUAAAGUGAUUAGUUCUCCUUGUUUGGCUGAAGCCGAAGCAAGGUUUCAGAUUUUAGGUGAAGGUGUUUCUGAUGUUAAAGACUGACCAAUUCGAGCAUUGUCUGAAACCUUGAAUGCUUUUUUUUUUUGUUUUUUAUUUGUGUCCUUUAGCUAGCUGUAAAAGAUGAUUUGAAACUAUCUAUUGUGUAAUUUUGCAAUAAUGUUCAGUUUUGUUGGCCCCUA